GCAUUUUCGGUGAAUCAACAUGCAGGCAUUUGUGACAGAGCGCCCUCCCAUGACUCCUUGGGCCGCGAGAUCACAGCAUGCCCCUGCACGACGCCGAAGUUUCUUACCGGCGAGCACUGUGAGAUGAACAAGUUCGAUGACAUGAUCAACUACCUGCGGCGCAGCAAUGCAGCAGCUCGCAAGAGAGGCGAGGAGACUCAACGCUUCGGCCAGGUUGUGGCAAUUGACAUGGAAUUCCAGCUGUUCUCAAGGAUUUGGUGUGUGGCAGAGCUCGUGGAAGCGGAGAAGCUGCAUCUGCCACAAGCCUUGAAAAUGCACUCCCAAAGCUCACGGGAACAAUGCGUGCUGAAGCUUCACCAACUCGACGUCCGCUCGGCACAAGCCAGCUUUGAAGCAGACCGUCAACUGGUCUUGGACAAGAUCCAAGAUGUCGACCUAUUCAAUGACAAGUUGCGUGACCUUUUGCUGACACGGCUCAAUGGUUUUUUGUUCGCAGAGCUGCUAGUCGGCCUUGUGAGCGUUGAGGAAUUGCUGGCCACAAUCCUCGACACGAUUUAG